CAAAGGAACCAAUAAGGAAGGAAAAACAGUAGAGAAGCAGCGACGUUACCAUUUCGCCCCCCUCUCUCUCCCUCUCUAUCUCUCUCUCUCUCUCUGCAAAAUUAUAAAAGCUGACAAUCUAAAUUCUAUUCCGUGCCUGAUCUACCAAACUCCAUUUCAACUUCCCCAGUCUUUGAUCUCUCAACUUAAGUUUUCUUUGAGCAUUUUUGGUUUGCUAGUGAGGAGGAUGAUAGAAUGCAGCGUCUGUCAUUCCAUACUUUCUCCCACAAGCAAAACCAUUUCCAGGGCUUACGAUAGGCACCGGGGUAAUGUCUCUUCCAAAACUCGGGCACUUAACUUUCUUCUGGUUGUUGGUGAUUGCAUCUUGGUCGGUCUACAGCCUAUAUUGGUUUACAUGUCUAAGGUGGAUGGCCAAUUCAAGUUUAGUCCUAUAAGUGUUAACUUCUUGACUGAGGCUGCUAAAGUUCUUUUUGCUAUUGUUAUGCUUUUCAUCCAGGCACAGCGUAAACAGGUUGGAGAGAAACAUUAUCUCUCUUUUUCUAUCUUUGUACAGGCUGCUCGAAAUAACGUGCUUCUUGCUGUUCCAGCUCUCCUUUAUGCUAUUAAUAAUUAUUUGAAGUUUAUUAUGCAGCUAUACUUCAAUCCUGCAACUGUGAAGAUGCUAAGCAAUCUGAAGGUUUUGAUAAUUGCAGUCUUGUUGAAAAUCAUCAUGAAGCGACAGUUUUCAAUUAUUCAGUGGGAGGCUCUUGCUUUAUUGCUCAUUGGGAUUAGUGUGAAUCAGUUACGGUCUCUACCUGAGGGCACUACUGCCAUGGGCCUUUCAGUUGCAACAGGGGCAUACUUGUAUACGCUAAUUUUUGUGACUGUUCCAUCACUAGCAUCAGUCUACAAUGAGUAUGCUUUGAAGAGCCAGUUUGAGACCAGCAUUUAUCUUCAGAACCUCUUUCUGUAUGGGUAUGGUGCCAUAUUCAACUUCCUAGCCAUCCUAAUAACUGCCAUUUUUAAAGGUCCUACUAGCUUGGAUAUCAUGCAAGGUCACUCAAAGGCUACCAUGCUUUUGAUAUGCAACAAUGCAGCACAAGGAAUUUUAUCUUCUUUCUUUUUCAAAUACGCAGAUACGAUAUUGAAGAAGUACUCAUCAACUGUAGCCACAAUUUUUACAGGAAUAGCAUCUGCUGCACUUUUUGGUCAUACCCUGACUAUGAAUUUUAUCUUAGGAAUCUCUAUUGUCUUUAUCUCCAUGCAUCAGUUCUUUUCACCACUUUCAAAGGUUAAGGAUGAACCAGUGAAAGGUGGUCUGGAGAUGGUGGAUGUUGAAAACAACCAGAGGUCUAAGGAUGCAUCCUUCAUAAAUAUGGCCGCAGGAGCAAAUGAGGAUGGUAGUCAUCCAGUUGAACAUGAUGAGAAGGCGCCACUUCUUCCUAUCUGAAGUUUACUAUAUGGGGAGCAAUCGUUAUGUACAUUCCUAGGCAGGAUUUACCAGUAGUUGAGAAAAUGAGCAGUUCCAGUAACACAAUAGAAUAAAUGCUGUAAAAGAGAUUCUUCAUUUCAUUUUGGGGUCAUUUCAAUGUCAAUGGGAGCCCACAACAUACCUUUGAGUUCCUCCAAAAUGUUUGGAGCAUGAGCGGCCAUUGAGCGCCUGGAUUCUGCUGAAGGAGAGAAAAGACAUAAAAAUUUAUGCAGAAAGAUAUCUAUUUUUGUAACUAGUCUAUGUUAAGUCUGGAAAACUUUUACUUUUUUUUUUCAUAUAUGUUUAACUCUUUCGUGAAUUUUGAUAAUGUAAAUGUCUCGAAUCCCAUAUUGUCAAAAUGAUAAUAUAUAUUGCAUUCUCUGGAAAUGCUGGAUUCUUGUUGAGCGCCAGCAAUUUCACUUGUA